AUGUCUUCUUCUAAUUCAAACACUUUACAAGUUCAAUCUCUUCCUACUGUUUCCAACUCAAAGGAAACAUUAGUUACCCCAGGCAAGAAAAAUAUCGCUGAAGCUUUUGAUAAAGCACUUGAAAAGAUAUCCAGUAAAAUCAAUGAAGCAUCCUAUGAUGCUACUCCUUCUGGAAAACAACCUCAAAUCGAUAAUUUAAAGAUUAGUCCUACUGAUUCAAAUAAAUCCGAAUCAUCAGGUCACUCUAGUGAAUUAAGUGGUCGAACUAUUUCUACUUCUAUUUCGGAAGAUUCUAUUGAAAAUAAUAAGACAGCAGGGAAAUCAAAUUUCAAUGGAAAAUUACUCUACAUUAAAGAUCAAUUUGCGUUGGAAGUAUUGGAAGAAAAGUCAGAAAAAAAUACAACUGCGCAAACCUCUCCACUCUCUUCUACCAUAAACAAACUCGCAUCUGUAUCAUUUUCUCAAACUCAAGCAACCUCUUCUCAACAAAAAUCGAUGAUGUCGAAUCAAAUUAAUUUAAUUAAUUCUCAAUCUUCUAGAAUUGUUACCUUAAAAGAAAAAAAUCCUACUCAGAAUGAAAAUCAAAAGGAUUCAUCUCAAAUUCGUUGUAUGGCUUGCAUUCAUGGGAAUAUUUUAUUGAGACCUUGUAGUCAUAGUUCUAGCAAGACAUAUUCUGAAUGUGUAUUUUGUGAUACGCCUGUUACAGAAUUUAAGAAAAUUUCCGAAAGACAAAUUGAGCAAAUUGAACAAGUUGGACCUUAUUUAAUGAAACCAAAAUUAAAUGAAUUAAUUCAACCAAUUGUGAGACAAUCUGAAGAAGCUGUUAAUUUUCAUCCAAUUUCUUGGGAUUUCCCUGGUAUAACACAGGCAACUACACGACCAGUUCAAUCCAUGGCUGCUGUUACUAAUAGACCUCAACAGAUUCAAUUUGGUGAACUCAGCAAGUUAGCAAUUCCACAUAAUUGGCCCGUGGUUAAAUUAACUAAUAUUCCGUGGGAUGUAUCAUUGAAAGAAAUCAAAACUUUCUUCACGGCUUUCAAAUUACCUAGUAUUUCAAUGUAUGCACAAUGCAUUCAUAUUAUUAUGGACAGAACAACAGGGAAAACACUCUCUGAAGCCUACGUUGAAUUGGCGACGCUUGCAGAUGCGCAUCGUGCAGUCGAUACACGUAACAUAAAGCCAUUGAAAGGACGGCUCGUAUCGUGUAUGCGAUCAUCUCAAGAAGAUUUGAUGAGAGCGAUAUUUCCCAAGUGGAAAGGAGAAUUUUCCGGUUGUGAUGCUGUCAUCACAACCGAGAUGUUACAAUCAGCUCCUAAUGUACCACACGUUCCUUUUGUUACGAGAGAGGAAAUGAAUUCACUUCUAGUCGUUUGUCGUAAUUAUAAGUUCCCCUUUCACCAAGGAGAUCUUUAUACUACUCUGCAACGCGAUCUUUUGUUUGAGAUGUUGAAGCUCUUUACCGAACGUCAGAAAUUAAUGAUACUUCAAGUGUCCGGUAUGACACUUCCUGAAGAUUUGCAAGAUCGUUUGUCUCCUUUUAAAAAAGACGACGAAGAUACAGAUCAAGAAUCAGAUGUUAAUAAUAAUAAUCUUGUCAAUCCCAUUUCUGAUUCUGUACAAUUUAGUGGCAUAAAUCUUCUUCCUUCAAACCUUUUUAACUCACCUCCAGCUGAAUUCUCACAAUUUAAAGGUCCAUUUGAUCCUUUCCGAGAUGAACGCGAAGUGAAGACAAAUUUUCUUCAUAAUGAAAUAAAAUUGGCACAAUCUCAGGUUAAAACUGUUACAUCUUCUCGAUUUCCCAUGUACUCCUCACAAAAUUCACAUGCACAAUUCGGUACCUUUCAAGCGUUCGAUGUAUGGAACCGUUUGAAUGAGCGUCGAAACGCUGAAUUAGGAAGGUCAGAUAAAGGUUAUUAUGAUCCACAUCCCCCAAGAGAAUCUCAAGAUGGAUCCGGUUCUAAGGUGGAAAAAAUCUCACAACAAAUUGAAUCCACUAAAACUGAAAUUCAUAAAUCUUUGAAGGAUUUAGCGGAUAGAGGGGAAAAAUUAGAUGUUCUGAAAGCACAAACAGGCAAAUGA